AUGGCCUACACUGCCCCUUCCUCGCCCCCGGCUCUGGAUGCCGAAGCCCAAUCCAGUUUAAAGCUCACAACAUCUCUCACUCGCACAGCUUCACUACAACAUGUUACCUCUAUACCCCCUGGAUCCAAUCCUACUCCUGCCUCAUCCUUCUCCACCUCUCCUACCUUCACUUCAACCUCGACCAAUCUGAUGUCAGACAUCCCGAAUCCUUUGACUCCCGCUGGCACUCCUCUACAACCACCCAGUGAAGGGCCUCGUGCCAUACCUCCCUUCGCAAUGCCAGCUGCUUUCGAGCUUGGCGAGUCCAUGAUGGAUAUCCCCGGAAGCACGAAUAUCUCCAGUCUGAACGACCCUACAGCACCGCCCAAGGCACCGGGGUUGAUGCGGAGGAUAUCUCGAGGCGCCGCCAACAAGCUCACUAGACGAAGACAAUCUACGUCUCAGAAGGAUAAGCGGGAUCGAAGUUCUGGGCCCGUGAUUAUGCGCCGACGCAGCGACAGCAAGACAAGCGCUCAACCCGCUCGUGACACGCCUCUUGAUUCGAGCAACGAUGACGAUACCAAUGAAAUAUUGGAUGGGUUGGGUGCAUGGGCCGGCUCCGAGGCUUCUAGUCUUCGCAGCGAUAGCCGCAUGGGUUCGAUUCGCGACCCUCCCGUACCGACCGUCGCUGUUGUCGCACCCAAGGUGGACUCAGCUGUUCAGCGUGGCACCGUCUUGACAAAAGUGACCAAGAAACGCAGAAAGCAAGUGCGCUUCUUCCUCGAUCUCGACUCGGCCAAAGUUUUCUGGGACCCUUCAAACCCGGCAAAACGUUUCUAUAUCGACGAUAUCAAGGAGAUCCGAGUCGGCGCCGAUGCCCGCAAUUAUCGUGAAGAACAUCAAGUCCCCGCAGAUGCGGAGGGCCGAUGGUUCACCAUCGUCAUUGCGGAUUCCGAACGUACCAAGGCCCGAGCAGUCAAGACCCUACACCUGAUCGCCCCCAGUGAUCGUAUACUUGAUUUGUGGAUCACUACCCUUGAACACAUCUCACGCUAUAGGAUUGGUCUCAUGGCUGGCCUGGCUGGUUCCGGUCAGAGUGAGACAGUCCUCCAAGCCCACUGGCAACGUGAGAUGUCGAGAUUGUUCCCUCAGGGUCUGCGGCCCGGCGAGGAACCCAGCCUCGACUUCACCGCGGUGGAAAGUGUGUGCCGCAGCUUGCACAUCAAUUGUUCCAAGAACAUGCUGCGGGCCCAGUUUUCCAAGGCUGAUGCCGCGCGCACCGGCAAAUUGAACUUCUCUCAGUUUAAAGAUUUCCUGCUCCGUCUGAAGGAAAGGAAGGACGUGAAGGAGAUCUUCAAGAGCUACGCGCAGGAUCCCAAAGCUGGUCUUACUCAAGAUGAAUUCUUCUCCUUCCUUCGGGAGGCACAGAAGGAGGAUGUGGAUUCCGAUACUGCAUCCUGGGCUGCUCUUUUUGACAAGUUCGUGCGGAGAUCCAGGCCUCGUGCGUCUGGACCGGUUGAGUCGCAUGAUGCCAACCCUCCUGCACCCCGAAUCAAUCUGGACUCUUUCUCCUCAUUCCUGGCCUCAUCCAGUAACGGAGUCUAUGCCUCUCGUGCUCCUCAAUCUAGUUUCGACCGUCCCCUGAACGAAUACUUCAUCUCAAGCUCUCACAACACCUAUCUUCUGGGACGGCAGGUCGCUGGGGCGUCUAGCACGGAAGCGUACAUCAGCGCCCUGCAGCAGGGAUGCCGUUGUGUGGAGAUCGACUGCUGGGAUGGUGCCGAUGGUCGCCCGAUCGUGUCUCACGGGCGGACCAUGACCACCAGCGUUCUGUUUGCAGACUGCAUCACCGUCAUCAAUCGGUAUGCAUUCAUCUCUUGCGACUUCCCGCUUAUCCUUUCCCUUGAAGUCCACUGCAACCCGGAGCAACAGGUCGCCAUGGUCAAGAUUAUGAAGGAUACGUUCAAGGAUCAGCUCAUUCUUGAGCCCCUGAUGACAAACUGCUUCAUUUUGCCGUCACCUGAAGAUCUGAAAGGUCGCAUUCUGGUCAAGGUCAAAACCUGUGACGAGACCAUUCCCGACCUUCAUCAGGACACUACCAACUUCAUGGCCACGCAUGGCCGCAAACGCAGCGCAAGCACUCCAUUUGUGCGUCAGACCCCACCGAUGGAGCCUGGUACAGGGCUUCCUUCUCUGUCCAGUCCUCCCACCAUCGGAUCAGAGGACGGUGUCGGGCCGUUGAUCCCUCAGGACCGACGCUCGCUCACUGCAACAAGCAUGAGCAGCGCUACCGAGGACAGCGACGGCGCACUGGUGUCCGCUCGCAAUGAGAAGAACAAGCGCCGUCGUCAAAAGAGCAAGAUCACCAAACCUCUCUCCGACUUGGGUGUAUACACCCGCGGGUACAAGUGGCAGAGCUUCUCGUCUCCGGAAAGCAGGCGGUACAACCAUGUGUACUCAUUCGCGGAACGCUCGUUUGAGAGCGUCUGCCAGAACCACGACAACAAGGUUGCCUUGGAGAUGCACAACCGGAAAUACCUCACUCGGGUCUAUCCUUCGGGAUUCCGGCUGCGUUCAUCCAACUUCGAUCCGAACAAAUUCUGGCGCCGUGGCGUACAAAUGGCGGCGCUGAACUGGCAGACGUACGAUAUCGGCAUGCAGAUGAACCAGGCCAUGUUCGCGGCUGGAUCAGACCGUACUGGAUAUGUCCUCAAACCCGCCAGCCUUCGGCUGCCGCCGACCCUCGGCGAGGGGAUCCAGAGACGCAAGACAGAAAGGAAGUUGAUUCGCUUCUCGGUCGAUGUCGUCUCCGCACAGCAGCUUCCGCGGCCGCGCACCAUCGGGCCUGAAGACAGCAUCAACCCCUAUGUCGAGAUUGAGAUGUUCAGCGCAGACGACCGUGGCCAGAGUCGAGUUUUCGGUGAGGGCGGCAUGGACGCCUCUGCGCGCAACGGCAUGUCUGGCAUCGGGUAUCCCCACCGCCGGCGUACCAAGAUCGAACAAAGCAAUGGCUACAGCCCCGUGUUCAAUGAUCGCUUUAAGCUGUCCUUGGAGACGAAAUACCCGGACCUGGUCUUUGUGCGGUGGACCGUCUGGAGUUCCGUGGAUGGCCGCAGUACGGGCAACAACAGUAGCGUUCAGCUUGCGACCUUCACUGCCAAGCUCACCAGCUUGUCUCAGGGCUACCGUUAUCUGCCCUUGUAUGAUGCUAGCGGUGACCAAUACCUGUUCUCCACGCUGUUCUGCCGGAUCUCCAAAGAGGAACCUAUCUCCGUCCAGCGACUGGAUCUCGAGGAACUUCGGGCUGAACGCAUGGGUAUCUUGCGGCAGAUUGGCCAGACUGUCUUCAAGCGCUCCUCCUCUACAGACCGCGAGAAGGACCAGAGCCUCGAACGCGCCAGUGGUCCUACAAGUCCUGAGGACAAGGACAGCUCGCCAGACUUGACCCCAACUGUUUCUGCAGCGUCGACUUCUUCCGUGCCAUGA